AGCGGAGUUAAAGAGUGUGUUGCUCUCUCUGCGCGAUUCGAGAUAAAAAAUCAGCUGUCGGGGCGCGUCCGAGGGAAAAUCAAGCAACUUGGAAAUUCGCUUUUGCACUUUGCAUGUGCGGCGGGGCGGGGGUUGAAAAUGGUGCAGGGCGUGUAACAAGUGGCGAACGCGAACAUGAAUGACGUCGGCGGGGGCGCAGAACGCGUGCGCCGGGUGGCCUAACUAACGGAGAGCGAGCAGCAGCCGAGCAAGCAAGCGAGCGAGCCCAGAUUACUCGGGCAGCCCCGCAUGGAAUGCAGGGUACAAAUUUAUCGAUUCGCCGACGACACCAUGGAGUAGGCGGCUCGACUGGCCGACGAGUGGUGCGCGCCUUCGGCAGCAUGGUCGUGUCGGCACUGGCGAUGGUGCUCAUCUGCACCCUCCAACUCGCCCACGCCUCCGCCAGGGACCUUUACUCAGGAGAUGUGACUCCUGAAGAACUGAUGAUCGACCAGGUGGCGGCCAUCCUGCAACAGCGUCACCUGAGACAGCAGCAGCGCGAAGAGGCCGCCAUGGAAGCGGCCAUGCGUUUCUCGCCCGAGAUCAUGGGCCCCGGCGGCGAGUUUUCCUACCAAUUCCAGCCUCUCCCUGGAGGCAGAGAGUCCCAGCACGAACCCUACUUCGCCGUCAACCCUUCCGACCCCAGGUACUACCUGCCCAAACCACCUGAACCUGAAGAGGAAGAGGACGGCGAUGCCUACUUAGCAGAACCAAUUUGGAACGGAGCCAAGUACAUGCCGCCAGACAAUAACGACCUGACUGAAGACCGUCCCUUGCGAAACCGUGAAGCAGGAGGCGUCAUGCAGAGGGGAGGAGGUCGGCCGGUUCCUCCCUCCAACCCCGAGCCACCCCUGAUGGCCGAUCCGCAGCCGAACCUGCCCAGGAACAUGAUCCUGCACCAGGCGCCCUCGAGAAAAAGUACACCAGCGCCCACACCCCCUCCCACCACCACGCACGAACCCCUGCCUGACCACCACGCCAGGGUGCUGCAGGAGCCGGCGCCGUCAGAACCAGACUCCGAAGUUUACUUUCUAGCGAUAAUUGCGGGUUGCAGUGCUGCAGGGAUCGUCGCUGUCAUAGCAACCGGAAUCUGCUGGUACAAGUUGCAGAGGAAUGCAAAAGCGACGGCCGACGUCGAGUACCCUGCGUAUGGAGUGACCGGUCCGAACAAGGACAUUUCGCCGACCUCGGGGGACAGAAGGCUGGCCCAGUCCGCCCAGAUGUACCACUACCAGCACCAGAAGCAGCAGAUCAUCGCCAUGGAAAGGGCAGCAAAUGAGCGGCGAGGGUCUCUGUCCGAAGCCGAAAGCGACGACGAAAACGACGAAGGUGACUACACGGUCUAUGAAUGUCCUGGACUCGCUUCGACUUGCGAAAUGGAGGUGAAAAAUCCGUUAUUCCUGGACGACCCCACGCCCGCGACUCCGGUUACACCAGCAGGCAAGAGUGAAGACAAAUCCUCGAACGCAACAGACUCGAGCAAAAGAUCUUCCGCAGCCAGCGUCAAGUAACCAGAUUAACAAGCAUGCUUUUUCGGUCGCGAACGAACGAGUAUAAAAGAUAUACAUAUAUAUUCUUUGAGGCCAUAUCUUUUUCUGUCCAAAGUAAAAUGAGAAGAAAAUUAUAUCCAAUGAAUGCUAUCCAAUCUGUGGUAUUUAAGUCGGAAAAAUAUAUUAUUAAUUGUAAAAUAAAAGAAAUUGUUCCUUUUUAAAUUGGAUAAAUUUUAUAUAUAAAAAAUGAUUAAAAAAAUUGAUUUCCUUGGCUGGACUGGAAGAUUCUUGAACAAAGAAAUAAACAUGAAUAUAUUAUAUCAUUGUAGCAUUACCACGUUUACUGAUAAUAUUGAAUGUUGCACGACAAUUUUCCCAGCACACGAUACAAGUUAUUUUCCUACCUUCUCUCUAUUGUGAUCUUCCAAGCCUGCUCUUCUAAAGCUCUUUUGACCUUCAUACAAAUUUUAGCAAAAUUUGAUGUAGUAUAAUCCUAGAAUAUGUGAAUGCAUACUGAGUUAAAGAACCAAUAUUCCAAUUAGAUGCGUUUUUCCUUAGGUGUAGAGUAAUUAAAUUAAAAAUUAAAACUGAAUUUAUCUAAAGCACAUAGAUCUCAUCUCUGAAAUCAUAUAUAUUACAUAUUAUGCAAUUAAUAUAAGUUAUUGAGUGUUUAAAGAGCGUAGAAUGAUCUCUUCAAAGAGUAUAAAACACACAAAAAAUAAUUAGUACCCAAAAAUGCCAAUUAACUACAUGAAAAUAAAUUACAAAAGUUCCCAUAAAUUCAAUGAGUAGACCCUGAUAAAAUAGUUCAUAAUAAAGGAGCUUUUAAAUUUAAAACACACACAGGAAAAAUCUUAAGUUCUAAUUCCUAUGAAAAAAUCGACUUUCUAAAUUAUUUCAGAAAAUACAUGAUAAUGCGUAUUCACAAAGCUGAAUUGGCUGAGCUUGUUGUAAAAACUUUAAAACAGUGUCAAUUAAACACGGUUUUGCAAUUAUAUACCCGCUGCAUGCCAGGCAACUCUUUAAUACAAGAUAAGAAAAUUAAUCAAAAGUCAAUACAUAGACAAACAAAAAAAGAACUGCUCCAUUGUAUUAAAACACAAACAAAAUUCAUAGAUUUAGGAGGUCAAAGUUUUUUAAACGUUUGUUUUUGGCGCAAAGAGAAUUCACAACUUUUACUAUUUUAAAAAGUACUUUUGUCAUUUAAACUUCCAACGCAUUUUCUGCUUUAAUUUUUCAAAUUUCUCGACUGUAGCACGAUGAAAUAUGCAAUGCUGUAUAAUUAUGAAAUAAUUGUGAAUUUAUAAAGACACAGGAACUGAAUUGUGAAAAAAAAUCUUUAUAUAACAGAAACUGUUUAACUAUACUGUUGAUAAUUGGCUGAAAAGAGACAAAUCUAAGUCACUGUAUUGAUAUAAUUGGAAGUAAUGAAAAUACAUGAAUAUUUUUCUUGUUGUUAUAUUAUAAAAAUCUUCUAAUAGCAUAAAUAUUUGAAUGUUCAAGUUACGUUUUUGUGUUAAGAGACUAUAAAAUGAUUUGUGAAUAGCGAAGUUUCCCUGGACAGAAGCGAUUUAUUUUCCUCAUUUCGGAAAACUCCUAAAAUUAUGAUGUUCAUAAUACAAACAAUCCUUUUCAAUUGUGUUAAAGAAGCAGACGUAGCCCUUUAACGUUGAGUAAUAAAAUAUCCAUCACAUUAUAUUGUAGCUGUCUAUCAAAUUUAACCGCAGUGUGUGUUGAGUGGAGACGAGAAAUGUAUCUUUUGUGACGGAGGAAAACUACACCUACUCGCUAUACACUGACAAAAUGAGGUAUAUGAUUAUUCAUACAUAUGUGUAUAUUUUCCCCAAAGAAUAAACGAAAAAUGUAUUAAAUAAAUUUAAUCUGCAAUGAGCAUCAUUUUGAUAUCUCCUUUUCAUUCACCUAGAAAAUAUUAUAAUAAAUUAAAAAUAAUAUAAAUGAAAAAAAAUUAUGGAAAUUUCCACUUUUUAUGUUAUGAUGCUUUAGUUAAUUACUUCCUGAUUUGAGCGCUGAUAUGAAGAAAAAAAUCACAUUUAUACGUGUCCAUAGAUAAAGGCAAAUAAAAAAACAACCAAAUUUUCUUUCUAAUACUCAUUUUUGUGGCUAUAUUACAAUGUAAAAGCUCCAAUGAGUCGGUUGAAAUAAACCUAUGAACUCAAAUAUUUUUAAGGCGCCAAAAGAGAUUAAAUAAAAAAAGGCCAUCUUGUAUUAAGUCAUCAAUAGAAAUAUAUCUCCAAUUUAUGGGCGGUAAUAAUUGUUGAUAAAGUCAACUAAUGUAUUAACUGGCUUUUGUAUUUUGUUCAUCGCAUAUUAAUUUGCUGAUAGCUUUAUUCUUGUCAAUAUUUUUUGCUGCUUAACACAAUUAAAAAAAUAAUA